AUGUGUCCAACCUGUGAACCCGAGCAAACCGCCGCAACUCUGCCCAAUAUGAAUGGACAAUCGACCGCCGCCGCCGCCAACGGCGCCAACGGCUCCAAUGGCUCCUCGAGCCACCCUGGCUACACCAAGUUCGAGACCAAGGGCCACAACCCCUACGCUCCCGUGGGCGAUUUCUUGAGCAACGUCUCAAAUUUCAAGAUCAUCGAGUCCACCCUCCGUGAGGGUGAGCAAUUCGCCAAUGCCUUCUUCGACACCGAGAAGAAGAUCGAGAUUGCCAAGGCUCUAGAUGAGUUCGGCGUUGACUACAUAGAACUGACAUCGCCGGCUGCCAGUGAGCAAUCACGCGCCGACUGCGAGGCGAUCUGCAAGCUCAACCUCAAGGCCAAGAUUCUCACACAUAUCCGAUGCCACAUGGACGACGCCAGAAUCGCUGUUGAGACUGGUGUAGAUGGUGUCGAUGUUGUUAUUGGAACAUCGGCAUACCUCAUGGAGCACUCCCACGGCAAGGAUAUGUCCUACAUCAAGAACACCGCCAUCGAGGUCAUCGAGUACGUCAAGUCCAAGGGAAUUGAGAUUAGAUUCUCUUCGGAAGACAGCUUCCGUUCCGAUCUCGUCGACCUGCUCUCGAUCUACCAGGCUGUCGACAAGAUCGGUGUCAACCGUGUUGGUAUUGCCGACACUGUCGGCUGUGCCAGCCCCAGACAGGUCUACGACCUUGUCCGAACUCUUCGUGGCGUCGUUUCGUGUGACAUCGAGACUCACUUCCACAACGAUACUGGCUGUGCUAUUGCCAACGCUUACUGCGCUUUGGAGGCUGGCGCCACUCACAUCGAUACCUCUGUUAUCGGUAUUGGCGAGCGUAACGGCAUCACCCCUCUGGGUGGCUUGAUGGCUCGUAUGAUUGUUGCGGACCGCGACUACGUUAUUAACAAGUACAACCUUAAGAAGCUCAAGGAUAUUGAGGAGCUGGUUGCCGAGGCCGUUCAGAUCAACGUUCCCUUCAACAACUACAUUACCGGUUUCUGCGCCUUCACCCACAAGGCUGGUAUCCACGCCAAGGCCAUCCUCAACAACCCCUCGACCUACGAGAUCAUCAACCCUGCUGAUUUCGGCAUGAGCCGAUAUGUCCACUUUGCCUCUCGCUUGACUGGUUGGAAUGCCAUCAAGUCGAGAGCAGAGCAGCUCCAGAUUGCCAUGAGCGAUGCGCAGUACAAGGAGUGCACGGCCAAGAUCAAGGCCUUGGCUGAUGUGCGCAAGAUCACCGUCGACGACACGGACAGCAUCAUCCGUGCUUUCCACCAAGCACAGAAGCUUAACAAGCCUUUGGAAUCGGUCAUGAAGGGUCUGAACGACACCGAGGUCAAGGCUCUCAAGGCUCAGGACAAGGAGCUGCAGCAGGAGACGGGCGCCGACGAGCCAUCUGCCAAGAGGCAGAGAAUUGAUGAGAUCAUUUCGUAA